AUGGGAGCGCGCGGGAAACGUGGACGAGGGAGGCCAAAAUUGGCGCCAUCGUCGCCGAUUCUGCAACCACCACCGGUGACGGAUACGGUGGAGGAGGAUCCUGUUCAGGAGAAGAACGAAGCGGAUACCUUAGUGAAAAGCGUGCAACAACCUAAGGAAAAGCAAGAUCUACAGGAUGUGGAGAAGGUGAAGAUUGACGACGGGAAGGAGCAUAAUCAGACAGGCGUCUCGGAGAGAAAGCUAUGGGUGGAUGUUCUUUCGGAGAAUCGAAAUCCCUCCAAAGGCUUAUCGAUUCAGUAUGUGGCACCGAAUGUGAUUGAUGGCGAAAUCGAAGUUGCGAUCGAGGAAGAUGAUGUUGCUUCUGAGAUCCAUUUCUGGGCAAAUUCAUUGAUUCUUUAUGCGUUUGGGGAAGAUCUCAGUAUGAACAUGGUGAAGAAUUACAUGGUGAAAACGUGGAAUUUCGUGAAACUGCCGGAUCUGUACUAUAACGAUGAAGGUUAUUUCAUUCUCAAGUUCCAUUCUCAUGAUGAUAUGGAUGCGGUUCUGAUGAAGGGACCAUAUACUUUGAGAAAUGUUCCGCUGCUACUUCAAGAAUGGAGACCAGACUUCAAUUUGAAAAGAGAUAUGCUGAGGACACUACCUAUUUGGGUGAAACUGCCUCAGCUUCCACUGUAUCUAUGGGGAGCAAAAAGUCUUAGCAAGAUUGGAAGCGCUAUAGGUAUUCCUCUGGUCACAGAUGAAUGCACAGCUAGCAAGCUUCGGGUUUCCUACGCUAGGAUUCUAGUUGAGGUGGAUGUCACAAAGGAUUUUGUGAAGGAGAUUGCUAUCAGAGACUGUGAAGGUCGAAAGAUCAAACAGAUGGUGGAAUACGAAUGGCGACCCAAAUUCUGUGAAAAAUGCAAGAAGAUUAGGCAUCAAUGCAAGGAACAAGUUAGGAAAAUGGAAAGAAAAUGGCAGCCUAAACUUGUGAUCCCAAGUACUGCUCCUGAGGAGCAUACCAAGUCCACACCAAAUACUGAGGAGCAAACCAAGUCCACACCAAAUGCUCAGAUUGUCAAUAAGGCAAUGGAAACCUCUAGUGAGACUAACCAUGAGAAGGACAAGGAUGAGACUCCAUGGACCCUGGUGAAAUCCACACGAGAAAAAGGUAAGAGCAUCUCCCCUGUUUUGCAUGAUGUAAUAAACUGUCUAAAUGGAUUUGAUGCACUAGGAAUUGUGAAGGAUUCACUAGUGUCUAGUGAAGGAGAUCCAUGUUAG